AUGUUUAAUUUGGAGCGGGAGCAACAUGUAACGUACGCAAAAGUAAAUAAGCUUUUAGAGUUGGGGCGAACUUGCCGCCAUCUGGUCUUCCAAACUCGAAUCACUACUGAAAAGUGCGGCCGCUAUGCGACCGUCCGACCGCCGCCAGUGCCGCGGACGCUGCGACCACGACGCCGGACCAAUAGCGCCAUCCGCCACGCAACUUACCCCAUCCACUCUGACGGACUGCCCCAAGGCUCAAAACUGAAACUCAAAACUGGUCCAUUUGCUCACUCGUUGCCGCGGACACACAUUCGCGAUUGCGGGCCGCCUCGCCCCGGGCCCGAUGUGUGCGCCGUCAUGGCGUUCAUGACGAAGAAGAAGCGAUACAAGUUCGGGGUCCAGUGCUGCCUCGAGGAGCUGACCGAGGUGCCGUUCGUGUACGCGGUGCUGUUCGCCAAGGUGCGCCUGCUGGACGGCGGCAACUUCCAGGACCACUCGAGCAGGGAGGAGGUGCGCAACCACGCGGUGCGGUGGAACGCGCAGUUCUCCUUCGUGUGCAAGAUGUGCGCGAACGCGAACACGGGAGUGCUGGAGCCGGCGCUGCUGCGGGUCUCCGUGCGCAAGGAGUGCAAAGGCGGCCGGUCGUACCAGAAGCUGGGCUUCUGCGACGUGAACCUGGCCGAGUUGGCGGGCGCCGGGGAGGCGACGCGCCACUGCCUCCUCGAGGGCUACGACCCCCGCCGCCGCCAGGACAACUCGGUGCUGAGGCUCCGGAUCAAGAUGAACAUGAUCUCGGGAGAUCCGCUCUUCAAAGUUCCGGAGCGCAAGCAGGAGGCGGUGGAGGGGGGCGGGGACAGCGGGGCCGAGAGCGCCGCCCCACCGGACGAGGACUGCGCUUCCUCCACGGCGAGUUCAGGGUUCGGCUCUCUCACCAACAACAAGGCGCACGCCGUGGAAGCCAUGCCCCCGAUGACGAUGUCCUCGCUGGCGCCCUGCGAGCCGCCCUCCCCCGACCACGACGAGCUCGCCGCCCCAGAACAUCCAGCGGUGCCGGUGGGCGUGACGUCAUGCGCGUCUUGCCAGCAGCACACGCACUCGCGGAACUCCUCCAACACCUCGGGCGACAUGAGCAGCAAGGCGUCCGGCUACGGCAGCUCGGUGUCGGCGGCGUCGGCCCACUCGCGCCAGAGCUCGGAGGGCGAGGGCGGCGCCGAACCCAGGCCCCACCACAACAGUGUGCGAUUGGAGCGUACCGUCACAACGACCACCACAACCACCACCGCGGCCACCGGGCAAAGCGGCAAACACUCGGGCCGACUGAGCAAGCUGCUGAUGGAGAGGACCCUGUUGAGCGAAACGUCCGACCUGUACCUGACGCCGAACAGCACCCUGACGGGCCCCCCGGACGUGGUGCCCCGCCUGGCGCUCCCCUCGCCCGCCAGCGACGAGUACCGGACCCCCGACACGACCCUGGCCGACGAGGGCACCUUCGCGAUGCCCACCUACUUCGACCAGAAGAGGCGCGCCGCCGCCGUGGUCGCCGCCGCCGUCCAGCCGCUGGCCAACUUCCAGAUGUUCAAGCAGAAGUCUCUGAACACGAUACCGGCCCUGCUCGAGAGGAACAGACGCAACGAGGAGCUGUUCACCAACUUCCCGUUCCUGACGCCGCUGGCGCACAGAAAGAACUCGCUCGUGUCGAACGCGAACAGGCUGUCCGGCUGCAUAGAGGACGAGUUCUACUGCAUCCCCUCGGAGCCGGAGGCGGACGCGGAGCUCUCGGAGAGGGUGGACGUGCGCCACCGCCUGCGCAGCCUCUCCAGCCAGGCGCUGGACGACGAGCCGCUCACCUCCACGCCCAAGGGCGAGGCGCCCCAGGAGCCGGGGUUCGCGGCGGCGCGCGGCCGCAGGGCGGAGCCGCUCAGGCACAGCUACACCGACUACUCGAGGCGCGAGGCGGGCGAGGGGGGCGCGUGCGCGGCGUGCGGCGCGCGGCGCGACGGCUCGCCGGGCCGGCGGGCGCCCUCCGCGCGCCGCGAGAAGGGACGUGUUCCCGCGGGUAGGGGGAAGCGAGGGAUCGGAAGGGGAAUAGUCGUAGUAAGACUCGCGUCGGAACGGUGCAGGAACCCGUCUUCGGGCUCGCUGACGGCCUCCGCGUCGGAGAGCGGCUCGCUGGAGAGGGCGCGCGCCGCCAUCGAGAGGCGCAAGCGGAACGCGCCCCCCGCCGCGCCCCCGCCCGACGACGCGCAGCACGCGGUCUCCUGCCGCGUGGAGAACACGCGCGUCAACCCCGACUCGCUGAUCGACGAGCUGCUCGCCGCCACCGACCUCAAGCAGGCCGUCGACGACAGCGCGGAGACGUCGGGCCUGCAGCUGUUCAUCACGCGCGAUGGCACGGCGGAGCUGGGCUCGCGGCAGCGGCAGCAGCUGGCCCGCCGCGACUACCAGCGCGUCGUGCUGCACCCGCACGACAACAGGCACCCCUUGGCGCGGCGGCGCGGCUCCGAAGGACGCGCAGCGGCGGCCGGCCCGGGGCACGGGCGGCUCGCCGCCGUCUGCGACGCUCGGUUCGCUCUACGCUCCACACGGCUCUACGUAACUCUACAGAGCUCCACAGACCUCCACGCGGCUCUACAGAGCUCUAGCGGCAGACGCAGAGCGGCCGACGCCCGCGACGAUUCGCAGUCGAGGCACGCCUUCACUAUAGCUAAUUUAGAAUCUUGCACGCUUCUCCAAUAUGUUACAAAAUCGACU